AUGGAGCAUCUCUACCCGUACCCCAAGAUGGGAACGUCAUUCCUCGAAAUCCUGCAGGACCCGUUGACUCGCAAGCUGCUGGGCUUUGAGGCCGUGCACGCCGAGCCAAUUCCCUUCAUCAGUGGCGUCACAUCGCGGAUCAAGUUCUUGCUGAACGAUGCCGUGCAACAGCUUUCGUUCCUCAAGAUUGGAUAUACCGCGCUCGAGGCCUUCCUGCAAGCAAACUGUACUGGGCCACCCCUGGACUUUAACGCAGACGAGGUCAUCUUUCCCGAGACAUAUCGAAAGGAAGGUCUCGAAUCCCUGAAACAGGCGCUGUUCGAGCACCUUUCCGUCGAUGGCUCUCGGCCAUACCCAUUGACGCCGCACUUGGAGCUCUUCUGGCUCGCCAAAGCCAUUCUGACGAAUCCGGCGUUGGCUGAAGCUGGGUUCAACGGCCGGAGGGCACGCUUUCGCGUCAACUUCUGGCACCAGAAACUCCUCUUAGAGGAGUCCCCGUCCCUCCGUGAUGCCAUCUAUGCAGACGCCGAGGUUCUCGAACACCAACUGGGUUCGCGCUUGGCCUUUGGCGGAGCUGCUGCCGAAGAACAUUUCGUCGAGUUCCUCAUUGAGCGAGCGGUGAUCCGGACCCACUACGGGGAUGAUGCACUGGCGAGGGCGGACCUGGCCAGGGCCGCCACAACUCGUCAGUUUCAAUUCGUGCUCACUGGCGCGUUGGGCAAAAGGACCAAAUUCCAGGACAGGGACAUCAGCCAACUCGUCGUGCUGGCCAAGAGUCGAGACCAGGAACCGGAACCUUAUAGCAGCCGCAAGGGGAGUCGUGUCGAGGGCGCCGCAAAAUCCAGCGAGGCCAUCGCCGAGACUGACCAGGAUGAAGAUGUUACAACAACUCCCAAGGGGCGUGCGACGACGAAGCCUGAGAACCUCGCCCUUAACGACGACACCCUUCUCGAGCGCAUCCAGUUUUCAUCCACUACCCAGGCGGCAGCGCCCGUAUCAGAAGACACAAUGACGCACAUUGCAUCACCCGACUCGAACAUCCCACCGCAACUCGCGUCUCUCGAUCCGAUGAAUCAACCACUGCUCUUCCCCAUGGACAGCAUCAUCCUGCUUGCCACCGCGAACAGCAUUACCAACACCUCUCCCGAUGACGGCCUGGUGAGGGAAGAGACGUUGCCCUACGCGACUCGAGUCCUGGAAGGAGGCUCAUCCAACUGGCAGGUGUACACUCAAGCCUUGCUUGUCAGGAGUAGGAUCGAAGGCUACAGAGCGCGUACCGCGGAGCGAGGCCUGCUGCAGUUGCAGGCGUUGGUUGAUCAGGUCAUUGCCGAAACAACAUCGGAACCUCCGCCUUCAGCAUCAGAUACGGAGAACGCAACGACAUCAUCCGCCACCAACUCAUCAGACCCGUCGCCGACAACAGGUACAACCACAUUCCUGCCCAAAGCCAACCCUUCCGAGUCCGCCUCCGUCGCCGAACGGCUGAAAUACGUGUACCAACUCUCCCCACCGCUGCGAUGGGAGCUCGAGGCCGAACUGGCUCAGCGGUGGACGCAGAUGGGCGGGCUCAAAACGGCGCUGGACAUUUACAACCGGCUACAGAUGCACGCGGAGGUGGCGCUGUGUCUCGCGGCCACGGAUCAGGAGGGCAAGGCCGUCGAGUUGCUCAAGGAUUUGCUGUUUGCAGAGUUGCAGCAGGAGGAGACUGCUGCAGAUACGGAGGACAGCAGACGGCGGCAGCUUCGCUCUCCUCCACCGGCGGACGCUCCCCGCCUUCUUUGCAUACUAGGCGACAUCACCGACGACCCGUCGUACUAUUCGCUCGCCUGGACCGUCUCGGCCAACCGGUACGCGCGCGCACAGCGCUCGCUCGGCCGCUACCACACCAAACGGCGCGACUACCCGCGCGCGGCAGAGGCGUACACGCUCGCGCUGAGGAUCUCGCGGCUCGACCGGGCGAGCUGGUUCGCGUUGGGGUGUCUGCAGCUCGAGCAGGACGAGUGGAUGCCCGCUGUCGAGAGCUUUACCCGAUGCGUCCAGUUGGACGACCGGGACGCCGAGAGCUGGUCGAACCUGGCCGUUGCGCUGUUGAGGCUGGACAAAGCCGUGGGCCCCGCCGAGACGGUAGACAUGCCCCGAACAGAUGAUGAUGACGAGUCUGCUGCUGCUGCUGCUGCUGCUGCCGAGGAAGAGGCGGUGGUCAACGAUGACGAAACCCCGACACCCGCCGCCGACACUCGGGCCGUGCAGAAGAAAAUCAACCCGCACCGACGACACCUCCAGGACGCCCUGCGGGCGCUGCGGCGCGCGGCGACCCUGAAACGCGACGAUGCCCGGAUCUGGGACAACUACCUCACGGUCGCGGCGAGCAUACCGCCGUCAGCGGACACGCCGUGGGGAGAAGUCAUCCAGGCGAUGGAGCGGGUGGUGGAGCUGCGCGGCAAGAGAGAGGGGGAGAAAUGUAUCGAUCUGAAGAUCCUGGGCGUCCUCACGGACUACGUCACGGGGACUUGGACGUAUCCGUCGUCGUCGUCCUCCUCGACAGCAGAGGAAGAAGAGGGGGAUGGUGGUGGUGGUGGUGACCACCUGCAAGACCAAGAAGCAGAGGAGGAAAAGCAAGUGGCGCAGAACGGGCCGAGCGAGAAGGAGACCACCGGCACAGCAACAACCUUAUCUACGUCAACGACACCACCAAUAAUCCAAGGCGGAGGAAAACUACCCUACAUCCCGCGCUCCUUCCUCUCCCUGAUCGACGCACAAAUAACCCCUCUAGCGACCUCCUCACCGACGCUAUGGACACUCCUAUCCCAGAUCGCGCAGUGGCGACGCCGACCAUACGCGGCGCUGCAGCUCAGCGAGAAGUCAUGGCGCGCGGUUCUCGAGUCCGCCUCCGUGUCCGCCUCGGGGUCUUCCGGCGAGGCGGGGUUUGACAACCUCACCCCCAACCAGUGGCGCAGCGUAGUCGACAAGACGAUAUGGAUGAUGGCACGGUACCGCGAGCUGGGACCGUUGGCGCGCGAGCGCACCGGUGGUGUGGUGGAGGCGAAGUGGCGCUUCAAGGCGAGGAGCGCGGCGAGGAGGGUGUUGGGGAGAGCGAGGGCGUGGGAGGAAAAAGGGGAUGAGGGGUGGGAGAGGUUGAAGAAUGCGGUGGGGGAUGUUGGUAAUGAUUCUGGUGUCGAUGCUGCGUGA